AUGAGUACCCAACCACCAUCACAAUCUCCAACAACUACAAAGAGUAAGAGAAAAGCUUCCCAAAACUCCCAACCCUUACAAGGUUUAAAGGCACAUUGGGACACAAAAUCCAUUGAAUUUUUUGUCAAACUUUGUGUGGAGCAAGUGAAAGUAGGUCACAGACCUGGUACGCUCUUAAAUAGGGUUGGUUGGGAAGCAGUUAUUAACAAGUUCAAAAUUGCAACUGGAAAGUCAUAUAGGUAUCCUGAUGUGGCCAAAUUUCGUGAGAAGCCAUUGACAUUGGCUGAUGAUAUGGACAUACUAUUCUCUGAUGUUUCUGCAACUGGUGAAUGGGCAGACACCCCAAGCUCUAGAGUGUUUCUUGACAUUGAGGGAUCUCACACCCUACUUGGUGAUGAUAUUGAUGCGGAAAUCCAUCUGUCUGAAUUGAGCAACCAAUGUCGUCGCCAAAAAGAGGGUCCAUCAAAGAAGCAAAAAAAGAACAAAAAACAAUCGACUGUCGGUGAGUUGAGUAAGACACUUAAACGCAUUGUUGAUGCUGUGGAUGCAUCAUCUUCAACUGGUACACAAAAUAUUGCUAUGCAAAAUAUGCACACAAUAACUGAGUGUUUGGCUAAGAUUAGCACAAUCUCUGGUGUUAGUGAAGACAAUGACCUUUUAGCUUGGACUGCAAGAUUGUUGUUCAUGAAACCCUCACUCCGUGAGUCUUUCAUGACUUUUCCUAAUGAUGUGUUGCGUUUGAAGUUUAUUAAUCUUGAAAUUGCUUUGGAAAAGGCUUGCAUUCCUAGUUAUUGUGAUUAG